AAAAAAAAAAAAAAAAGCAAAAAGUUUUUUUUAAAAAAAAAAUUUCCCUUUUACUUUUCUUUUUUUUCUUUAAACUUUUUUUUUAAAAAAAAUAUUUUUUUCUAAAUUAUAAAAAUAAUAAAAAAAAUUAUUUAAACAUGGGACUUAAACAAUCCAAACAUAUUACCACUACUACUUUAGUAAAUAGUUCGAAGGACAGACCUGAUGUAUUAUUAAAAGGGGAAAGAAGAAAAAAAUUCCGUUCUUUCCGUUCAUCAGGAAUAUUAUUUGAUGGAACUUCAACUUUGGAAAAUUGGAGAUUCUCACAUGGUGGAAAAAGAAUACAUAACUUGAAAAAUGCAAAAUUAUUAGGUCCUAUCAUUGAUGAAGAAGUCGAAAGAUUACAAAGACAACAUAGAUUAUUUAAACGUAUUUGGCAAAGCAAUUAUUCUUCUCCUGUUGAAGAAAGAUUAAAAAGUGGUGGUGCAAGAAUUCUCGAUGUUGGGUGUGGACCAGGUACAUGGACAAUCGAAAUGGCAGAAUCAUAUCCAAAAUCAACAUUCACUGGUGUAGAUUUUGCUCCAAUAUUCCCACAAGAAAAGAGACCCGUUAACGCAAAAUUCCUUCAAGCAAAUAUACUUGAUGGUUUGCCAUUCUUGGAUGAUACAUUUGACUUUGUUCAUAUGAGACUUUUAGUAACGGCUUUUUCAGCAAAAGAAUGGGAAGAAAAAGUUAUUCCAGAAUUAGCCAGAGUAACAAGACAAGGAGGUUGGGUCGAAUUCAUGGAAAGUGAUAUUCAAUAUUUUAAUGAAGGUCCAGUAACACAACGUUUAUCGAAUGCAUUAAUGGCAUUUAUGAAAGGAAAAGGUAUACUUCAACCAAUAGAUUCUUAUGUUCCAAACUCGAUGGAAUCUUGUGAAAAAUUUGAAAAAGAAAUCAAGAUUGAAGAAAAGUCAUGUUUUGUUGGAAAAUGGGCAGGAGAAUUAGGUCAAUUGGCUGUAGAUGACAUAACAAAAGGAUGGGCUGCAGUCAAGUUACCGAUGUCAACGAUGAUGGGUGCAAAACCAAGUGAAUACGAUGAUGCUAUACAAAUUUUUGCCAAAGAAGUUGAACAAUAUAAAACAUCUUUCAAAACUUGGCGAUUCUUUGGACAAAAGAUUUCAACCACAUCAUCAUCAGCUAUAACAACACCGUCAUCAUGGGAUCAAUCGGAACAAUCACAAUAAAUUUAAAAAAAAAAAAUAUUAAAUUUAAAAUAUAAUUUUUUUUUUACUUCGAAUAAUUUGAUUACUCCUUAUAAAUUUUCACAACAUAUAAACAAACAUUCUAAUUAUAUACAUAUUCAUUAAUACUUAUUAUUAUUAUUUUUAAUUAUCUUCAACAUUGUAUUUUUUAAUUAUUGUAAAUUAUUUUUUAUUUUAUCUUUUUCUUUUUUUAAAAAUGAGAUUUUUCAAGAGAAGAGAUAAUUUUAUUUUUUUAAAGAUUUUUCAUAUUAUUUACGUUUAAUAUAUAUACAUAUAUAUUUUUUUUUUUCAAAGAAAAUUACUAAAUUAUUAAAUUACAACGAAAAAAAAAAAAAAAGAAAAA